AUGGAUCCCUCCCUCACCGGCGCAAAGGUGAUAGCCCAGGCCCUGCACGACCUGGGCGUCUCGGUCAUCCACACCCUGGUCGGGAUCCCCGUGGCCGAGAUCGCGGAGGAGGCCAUCGACCUGGGCAUCCGGGUGAUUGGGUACCGCAACGAGCAGGCGUGCAGCUACGCCGCGUCCGUGUACGGCUACCUCACGGGCACGCCGGGCGUGUGCAUCUUGACGGGCGGCCCGGGCAUUCUGCACGGCAUGGCUGGGAUCGGUAACGCCUCGGCCAAUGCGUUCCCGCUGCUCGUCCUGGGCGGCUCGUCCGAGUCCAGCCUCGCUACCAAGGGCGGCUUCCAGGAGUUGGACGCCAUCGCCCUCUUGACGCCGCACACCAAGCGAGCCAUCCGCCCGACGUCGCGAGACCCGGCCACCAUCGUCGCCGCGAUCCGCAACGCCUACCGCAUCGCCUGGUACGGUCGGCCGGGCCCGACGUUUGUCGACCUGCCCACCGAACUGAUCAUGGAGCCCGUCCCGGCGGGGAGGUCGACGUCCCACCCGCCAAUCUCUGUCCUGCCACCACCUCACCCGGCUGCAGAUCCAGCCCUCGUCGUCGCGGCAGCGAACCUGCUCAAGUCGGCUUCCGCUCCGCUCGUGAUCGUUGGCAAGGGCGCAGCGUACGCGCGGGCUGAGAGCUCCAUCCGCAGCCUCGUCUCGGCCCACCACCUGCCUUUCCUCCCGACGCCCAUGGGCAAAGGCAUCGUCCCGGACUCGCAUCCCUUGAACACGUCGUCCGCUCGCUCGGCGGCGCUCAAGCACGCCGACGUGGUCCUCCUCCUGGGGGCGCGACUGAACUGGAUCCUCCACUUCGGCGAGGCGCCCAAAUACCGCCGGGACGUCAAGAUCAUCCAGGUCGACAUCUCGCCCGAGGAGCUCGGCCGGGCGAACAGUCUCGGGCAGCCGUCGCUCAGCAUCUUCGGAGACAUUGGCUUCGUCGUGGAUCAGCUCCGCCAGCAACUCGGUCCUGGGUGGAAGGCGUUUCCGAGCAAUACCUUCCGCGCCUCCUCGUCGCCGUCCUCAUCACAGCCAUCGUACUUCUCCCUCCUCUCGGCAAGCGCCGCUAAGAACGAACAGAAGUCUGUCCGUCUAGCGACCACGCCCACACAGCCCAAUGCUCUACUGACGUACGAGCGCGCCUACCACAUCAUAAAGUCUGAGCUGCACGCGCUCUCACCCCCUCAGGACGGCGGGGUCGUGUAUGUCUCCGAGGGGGCGAACACGAUGGACAUCUCACGCAGUGUGUUUCCCCUCGAGCAUCCGCGCCAGCGCCUCGACGCCGGCACAUACGCGACCAUGGGCGUCGGGAUGGGGUACGCGAUCGCCGCGUGGGCCGCGUACAACAUCCCGCGCCGGGCGGCGAAGAAGAUUGUCGCGCUCGAAGGGGACUCGGCGUUCGGGUUUUCGGGCAUGGAGAUCGAGACCAUGGCCAGACACAAGAUGGACGUCUUGAUCAUCGUGAUGAACAACAGCGGCAUCUACAAGGGCGACGCUUCGGACGAGACCGGCUGGAGAGAGAAGCAGGGCCAGACUGCCAGGGAUGAGACAAAGAUUGCCACCGCCGCCGAAGGAAAAGAGAUUGAAGGUAAGAAAGAUGCUCGCAGGAGGGGACUCCGAAGUACCUCCCUCCUCUACGAGACGCGGUAUGAGUGUCUCGCCGACAUGGUCGGUGGACGAGGCUGGCUUGUGCGCACCGAAGACGAGUUGGCCGAGGCGACGAGGCAGGCGUUCCUGGAGACGGAGAAGGUCUGUGUGUUGAACGUCAUCAUCGAUCCCGGGCUGAAUAGCGCGGCGAGCUUUGGGUGGAUGGAGACCAAAGAGAAGCAUGGUGGUGGCGGAGGGGAGAGCAAAUUGUGA